AUUAUAAUUGGCUCACCCGAUUUUGAUCGGGUCAACAGUUUCUCAAAACUCUCUCUCAUUCAAUUCUUUUAUAUUAUAUAAUAUGCUUCCUAAUUUUUAAGGUCUAACAAUUAAUUGAGGUAUUCAAUUUAGAAUUGGGUCAUCCAUUUUGACCCGUCAACAAUUUCUCAAACUCUCCCGUUUAAUUCUUUUAAUUCACUAUGUUUUCUAAUUUUGAAGCUCUUUCAUUCAAUCGAGGUAUUUAAUUUUGGAUUUGGUUUACGAUUUUGACCGGGCCAACGAUUUUUCAAAUCAAUCAGCAGCAACCGGCCUAUAAAAAACAUAUCAAUCACAUGCACCCUCCCACCACCUAGAAAAAAGAGGCGCCACCAUGUGAUAUUGCAGUACCAAUAUAGUAUAUGCAACUACCAGACUGAAAUUUCCCCACAUAAAUAUAGGUUGGUUAGCGGAUAGCACAGAAUUAGACCACAUAAAUCAAUCACCAAAUCAACGCAUUAUAAAUAUAAAUAAAACACUAUCAUCUCAACCACACGCCAAACUAAAUAUUUCAUCAGUUCCAAAUAUAUAAGGGACAUUAAUAUUUUAGAGAGUCAAAUUUAUUUAACUUUGACCAAGUUCAGAGCAAAAAUAUUGACAUCCACGAUAUCAAACAAAAAAGUAUGGAAAUCCAUUUCAUGAUGAAACUAAAAAUACCGAUUUGAUAUUAUGAAUUUUGAUAUUUUUCUCUACAAAUUUGAUCAAACUUAAAAGGUUUGCCUUUUCAAAAAAGCAAUACACCUUGUAUUUGAAACAGAGUGAAUUUUUUAAAGAAACCCAACAACAACAACCGUGCAGCAAAGCGCGCCCAGUCCUUCUAGUAAAAUAGCAUGGUCUAAAAAAAUUGACAUGCCUAAUUAGUGUUUUUUCCAUGGUCUUAAUAGUGAAAUUGUCAUUCUACCUUAAAAAACUACAUUUGCUAUUGUGCACAAAGUAAAAAAGAUUGACAUGAUCCAUAUACAAAUUGAAUUUGUCAUGAUAAAAAGACUAAAAUUUUCAUGGUCCAUAUGAAACAAAAAUUUCAAGCACGCUUGUUACACUAACAAGAACAUCUGCAUUUCCUCAAAAAAAAAACAAGAACAUCUACAGAAAAAAAUCAAAACUUUUGAAAUUUAUUUACUAUUUAUUUUAGAUUUAUUGAUCUUUCGGGGAGUGUUGACAUAUAAAUAUGUUUUUUUUGCGGCAAAACGUAUAAAUAUGUUGCCUAGUCUCUUUCAUCAGAUCGGUCUUUUGAUUGCAUCGGCUAAAGCACGUACUUUGAGAGCAUAUGCACCCAGAGCCAAAAUAGCCACCCCGUUGUGUUCAAUCUUUGUCAAGCAUAGGAACCAAAUGGUCCCCGAUAAUUGCAGUUGCUUUGCCAGGUUCCAUCUCAUUUGUCCUGUCUCCCUAUAUUCCCAGUGUCUCGCUGCUCGUUCCCAUAUAUGCACGCACCUCGCGCGUGGUCACCGUGUGAAGUGCCUCUGCCAGAGUGCCGGCUACCAACCCCGUUGCCCCCCGGAAGUGGAACCUAGGAUACCGCGGCAGCCGUCGAUUUCAUGGCGCCGGAAGAAGCAAGCACGGCCACCACCGGUGGCCCGCGCCGCCGCCGCGUGCUAGUCUUCCCUAUCCCGUACCAGGGCCACAUCAACCCCAUGUUCCAGGUCGCCGGCCUCCUCCAAGACCGCGGCUUUGCCGUCACCGUCUUCCACACCCACUUCAACGCCCCAGACCCGUCCCGCCACCCCGCCUACGACUUCGUCCCCGUCCCCGACGGCUUGCCGGCGGGCAGCCCCGGCACGGUGGCGGCGACCGUUGAGCACAUCUUCGCCAUCAACGGCUCCUGCGAGGCGCCGUUCCGGGAGCGCCUGGCCGCCCUGCUGGAGGCUCCUGGCGGCAGGGACGAGGUCGCGUGCCUGGUCGCGGACGCGCACCUGCUGACCCUCAUGGACGUGGCGCGGCAGCAAGGCGUGCCGACGCUGGCGCUGCGCACCGGCAGCGCCGCCUGCUUCCGCAACUUCAUGGCCACCCCGAUGCUCUGCGACAAGGGCUACCUUCCGGUGAGCGCGGAGUCGCAGCUGGACGCGCCGGUGAGGGAGCUGCCGCCGUACCGCGUCCGGGACCUGAUGGCCGUCACCAGCAGCCGCCACGAGCACGAUCUGGUGUGCAAGCUGCUGGCCCGGGCCGUCGAGGCAGUGAGCACCUCGGCUGGAUUCAUACUCAACACCUUCGACGCGCUGGAGGCCGACGACCUGGCGGCGACCCGGCGGGACCUCGCCGGCGUGCCGGUGUUCGAGGUCGGCCCGCUCCACAAGAUCUCCCCGGCGUCGUCCAGCAGCCUCCUGCCGCAGGACCGCUCCUGCCUGGACUGGCUGGACGCGCAAGCCCCGGCGUCCGUGCUGUACAUCAGCUUCGGCAGCCUGGCGAGCAUGAGCGGCGAGGACCUGGCCGAGGCGGCGUGGGGCGUCGCCAACAGCAGGCAGCCGUUCCUGUGGGCGCUCCGGCCGGGCCUCGCCCGCGGCGCCGCCCUGCCCGACGGGUUCGGCGCGGAGACCGAAGGCCGUGGACUGGUCGUGGGCUGGGCGCCGCAGGAGGAGGUGCUGGCGCACGGCGCCGUGGGCGGGUUCUGGACGCACGGCGGGUGGAACUCGGCGCUGGAGGGCGCGUGCGGGGGCGUGCCGAUGCUCUGCCGGCCCUGCUUCGGCGACCAGAUGGGCAACGCGAGGUACGUGGAGCACGUGUGGCGCGCGGGCAUCGCGCUGGACGGCGGCGUGCUCGAGCGGGGAGCGGUGGAGCGGGCCGUCCGGAGGCUCAUGCGGAGCGAGGAGGGGGAGGAGAUGAGGGGGCGAGCCCGGGAGCUCGGGAGCAGAGCGGCGGAGGCCAUCGCCGAGGGUGGGUCGUCUCGCCACAGUGUCGACAAGCUGGUGAACCACAUCAUGUCGCUGUGGAAGUGAGUUCCGAGUACUGCCAGUAGACCGAUGCUUGCAUUUUGUCCUCUUUAAAAUGUUUGGAUCUUUUCAUGACUAUAUAAGACUUCAUUGAAAUCACCGGCACAAAACCAUGGAAGUUUUAUUUGUUGA